GGCUGAGAAACUAGGUUAGUGGUCCGACGGGCAUGACGCUGAAGAGAAACUGGGUCAGCGGCUGCGAUUCGUUUAUGUCACACUUGUGCGGGUCGUUAUCGCAGCUCGCCCGGUGGCUUCCAAUGGAGACACGGACCCCGGCGGACCUGCGAGGUUGAUGGUUUGCACCCGCUGCUCACAGGUCAGAUCAUACUGGAUGAAACCAGGUCAGACUGAAUCGAAACAGAUCUGAACUGAGCGGACCAGACCGAUCCAGACGACACCAGGCCCGUCCAGGAGGCCUGUCCCAGUUUCCUAUCAAGUUGAGGGCUCACGAGUGGAUGGAAGGAAAUGAUUUUAACACAGAGGCAGUGAUGAACAUCUGUGAUGACCUGAUGGCAGACCAAAGGAUGGACAUCUCGUCGACAAUGACUGACUUCAUGUCCCCUGGCUCCACCGACCUCAUCUCCAGCUCCAUCAGCACGCCUGGCAUGGACUACACGCGCAAGAGGAAGGGCAGCACCACCGACUACCAAAUUGAUGGCUUCUCAUUCGAUGACAUGGACCCAGACAAAGAUAAGCUUGGAAGUGACCAACAGGGCCGGAUUAAGAAUGCCAGAGAGGCUCACAGCCAGAUCGAGAAGCGGCGCAGGGACAAGAUGAACAGCUUCAUCGACGAGCUGGCGUCGCUGGUGCCCACCUGUAACGCCAUGUCCCGCAAGCUCGACAAGCUGACGGUCCUGCGCAUGGCCGUCCAGCACAUGAAGACACUCAGAGGUGCAGCCAACCCGUACACAGAGGCCAACUACAAGCCUUCCUUCCUGUCAGAUGAUGAACUCAAGCACUUGAUACUAAGGGCUGCUGAUGGUUUCUUGUUUGUUGUCGGCUGCGAUCGCGGCAAAAUUCUCUUUGUUUCUGAAUCGGUCUACAAAAUACUAAACUACAGCCAGAACGACCUGAUAGGUCAGAGCCUGUUUGACUACCUUCACCCCAAGGACAUUGCCAAGGUCAAAGAGCAGCUGUCCUCUUCCGACACGGCCCCACGAGAGAGGCUCAUCGACGCUAAAACUGGUCUUCCAGUGAAGACAGACAUCACUCCUGGUCCGUCUCGACUCUGUUCUGGAGCCAGACGGUCAUUUUUCUGCAGGAUGAAGUGCAACAGGCCUUCUGUCAAAGUAGAAGAUAAAGACUUUCCCUCCACCUGCUCGAAGAAAAAAGCGGACCGCAAGAGCUUCUGCACCAUCCACAGCACGGGCUACCUGAAGAGCUGGCCUCCCACCAAGAUGGGUCUGGACGAGGACAACGAGCCCGACAACGAGGGCUGCAACCUGAGCUGCCUGGUGGCCAUCGGCCGCCUGCACCCCCACAUCGUUCCCCAGCCCAGCCUGGCAGACAUCCGGGUGAAGCCCACAGAGUACGUCUCCCGGCACGCCAUCGAUGGCAAAUUCGUCUUCGUGGACCAGAGAGCCACAGCCAUCCUCGCCUACCUGCCCCAGGAGCUGCUGGGAACAUCCUUCUAUGAGUAUUUCCACCAGGACGACAUCGGCCACUUGGCUGAGUGCCACAGACAAGUGCUGCAGAUGAGAGAGAAGAUCAACACCAACUGUUACAAAUUCAAGAUCAAAGAUGGCUCCUUCAUCACGCUGAGGAGCCGAUGGUUCAGCUUCAUGAAUCCCUGGACCAAGGAGGUGGAGUACAUCGUCUCCACCAACACCGUUGUGUCGUGUCCGAUAAUGGAAGGAUCAGAAUACCCUCAGUCUGCUGCCUCACCUCAGAGUAUGGACAGUGCUCUCACCUCAGAGGGUGGCGGGAGGCGGGCGCUGCAGACGGUACCCGGCAUCCCGGGCGGCACGAGAGCAGGAGCCGGAAAGAUCGGACGCAUGAUCGCGGAGGAGGUGAUGGAGAUUCAGAGGAUCCGAGGCUCCUCCCCCUCCAGCUGUGGCUCGAGCCCUCUAAACAUCACCAGCACCCCCCCACCCGACACCUGCUCCCCUGGAGGAAAGAAGAUUCAGAAUGGAGGGACACCCGAGCUGCCGAGCACGGGGAUCAUUCCUGGACCUGAUUCUGUCGGCUACCCGUACUCCAACCAGUCCAUCAUGAGUGACAACUCCCACCUGAGCAUAGACAUCAUGGACGAGCCCGGCUCCAGCAGCCCCAGCAACGACGAGGCGGCCAUGGCGGUCAUCAUGUCCCUGCUGGAGGCGGACGCCGGCCUGGGCGGACCCGUGGACUUCAGCGACCUGCCCUGGCCUUUGUGAGGAAGCUGGAAGGGAAGAAGCGCCGGGAGCCACUGGUGGAGAGAGUCGGGUCAGGUUGGAUUCUGGCUGCCAUGUUUGCUGCGCUCUGCACGCAACUGCACUGCAAAAAAGUUCAUCUGCACACAUCUUCAAUUUCAAGUUUUCAGUGUUUCCUCGCUGACAAGAGGAGAGGAGGCGGAUCUUAGCGCAGACGAUUCUGGACGUUCAGAUUCCAGCUCCUUCACUUCCUGUAGGUGGACCUGUGUUUCCACUGGAGCAGAAAGAUGGAUUAUUAGCUCGUGUUCCUGCUCCAGACGAUGUGUUUAGAUGAGCGUGUUUGCAGUGGCGGUCGUGUGCAGAUGAGGGGGUUCUCUAACGUUGCCACGGUUACAGACAUUACUCUUAAAAAAAAAACAGUCCAGUAAAAGGAAAGAGAAGUUGGAGGUCUGCGGUGCUAACGUCUCUGCUGAGGGACUGAACUGACGUCGAGCCAACACCGGGACUCCUGAGACCUUCAUGGACAUUAGCUGAAGUUUGACGUGGGGCUAGAGAGGAGCGCUCCAUUUCUGCCUCCCACCACGGACCGCUCUUUCAUCUUCAUCUUCAUCUCUAACGUAGGACGGUGGAGCCGCACAGACGCGGCGGCUUCGGUGCACUUCACAGGAAAUGGUCAUUCUGUCCACCUGAUCUCGACAUGGGGAAACCAACCUACUUUUAUCCUCUGGACAUUUGCUCAGAAGACACGUGGAAGUUUUUUUACUCCCAAACUGACACGAGCAGGUUCAGUUAAAUAAUCAAACAAGCCACCGAGCUGCUGUUUCCUUAACCUGCAUGAAAGUUAACGACUUUUUCUCCAAACUACUUUUAAAGCUGAUAUUCAGUCGAUGUUGUUUUUCCAGAGUUUAAACCACAGUUUAAACAAAGAUGAGAAGUUGUGUGAGAAGUUGUCGAUAAAUGUUAAAGCUAUAAAACAUAAGACUCUAAACUUCUAGAUCCAUCCGAGACGAACCAGGUCUGAGGGACUGGAGGACGCUGGUUCAGGUUUCAAACCUGGUCUGAGGACAAUUAGACACAAAUAAACUGAGGUGGUGAAAGAACAUCGACACUUGGCAGCAGCGUCCAAUCCGUCCAACUCUGUCCCUGAAAGUACAACUUAACAAACCAUCAGACUUUAAAGGAGAUCAUGUGGUUAAGUUGAUCCUCGGGGGGGCAGCAGCCCGGUGUGUGUAGGUGUGUUUUCACGGCUGUGGCGUCGCACACUUAGUUUCCCUCUGCAGACGUUUCCCAGAGAAAUGUUUCCCACUGCUCCUCACACUCUUCAGCUCGUUGCCACAAACAAACCUGAGGUCUCACCUGCACACCCCACCCCCCCACCCCGACAACAUAUGAAGCACUUAAGACGCAGUGAAACUGUCAGUCACUAAACUCCAUGGAUCAGUUUUCAGAUUCCACACAGAGACGCUGUCUUCUCCUCAAUAUGUGGACGGGAACUUGGCCACAGACAAAGGAAAAGAAAAGAAAAGUUUGUCUGGUUGAGAGAAGUUAAAAUAAAAUACCUCCGAGUUUAAUUCUACUGCGAUGGCGACGAUGACAGAUUCCCAAGACGUGGACGGUUAAUCUUGAAUUUGGUCAGUUUAGCACUUAACUAAUAUGCAGAUGUUCUGUGGCUGUACGUGUCCUUGCAACCUCCCUCGUUAGCAGGAGGGGGCGACGGCGUAGACGGGGGCAGUCGAGUGUGGGGGCGGAGCUACGUGUGAUUCUCUGAUCUCAUUGGCUGGCGGUGAACAAGGUCUCGAGGACUGAAUGGAAAAAAUUUCUGUGUACAUUUUAAAAAUGAAAAUCCUCGACGCUUCUUCUUCACCUCUCCAGCUGGAGUCUGUUCAGAGGAGACGUGUUGAGAGGAGGCCUGAUGGCGCCCCCUGCCUGUGUGGAAAGAUAAUGUGCAAUAUGUUGUUUUAUUGUUUGUUUUUUAAAGCAAAAAAAUACUUCUCAUAUCUCUUAAAUCUUCAGAUUGAAUUAGACAAAUUAUUUCAUUCUGUAUCAAUAAAUAUAAAAAACACAACUUGAAAUAACAGUAAAAAUAUUUGAAAUUAGUUUUUUAAUACAACAAAAACAUAAUCAACGACAACAAAUUAUACUGUAAAUUAAAUUAUACUGUAACACAUACAUAACCACAUAUAUUUAUACUCAUGCACGGUGUGUGCGCAUAAACGUUUUCCCAAUUUUGCUAAUUUAUAUGCAUUUCUUUUUAAAUGUUCCCUGAUAAAAAUGAAAAUAUUUAAAAGUCCAACUAAAUAAUUAAUCUAAUAUAUUUUAUUAAAUGAAAAAGAUUCUGAAUCUGUUUUGCAAAUCUUUUAUUUUAUUAUUUUGUUUGAAAUUAGAAAAGAAUUAGAUUCUCACUCACUUCCUGUUGAUUUAUUUGUUUCUCUGAUCAUUUGACUGAUUUUAAAAUUUGAUGCUUUGCGACUCAAACUGUUUUUAACGUGAGUGUUUUAAAUUUAUUAUUAUUUUCUUUCCACACGGGCAGAAAGUUUAAAACCUCUGGUUGGAGCGUUGCUAGCUCCUGUCCCCACACAUCUGUACGAACUUUGAUCUGUACGAACUUUGAUCUGUACGAACUUUGAUCUGUACGAACUUUGAUCUGUACGAACUUUGAUCUGUUCGAACUUUGAUCUGUACGAGCUUUGAUCUGUACGAAGCUCGGUUAACGUUCACAGUUGGUUCGACACCAGGCCUGUCCACAGUAAACCACCCCCCCUGCUGGCGCCCUCCGGAGGCAGCAGCUGGGGACGUCCCCUCUGUGUCUGUUCUAGUGGUUUUCUGUUUCAAUGUUUUUACGCUACACUACAAUACAGUGUUUCCCUUGUUGAUAUACCCCCCCACCUGACAAUAAUGUAUCAAAUCUUUAAAUAUUAUCAUGCUAAGAGUAUACUUUAUGCAAAUAUAUAUGAGUAUGAUGAGUGUAUUGUAUGUAUCAGCAGUGAAAUAUUUUUAAAAUAAAACCGUUUCUGUCAU